AAAGCACCAGAAAAGGGAAGAGGAGGUGCGGGAAAGGGAAAGGGAAAAAGCUCAGCAACUGAUUGCCGGUUUUGAGGAGAAGCUGAGCCAGUUGGAGGAGAAAUUGCGAUUGGCGGAAGUAGAGCAGAACGGAGAACAACAAAGUACCGAGAGUAGAACCGCUGCGGCUGAAGCGAGGCACGCCGCGCUGCACCAGGGCAUCAAAAAGUUGCAACAGGAACUGGAGGAACAGGCCGGGAAUUAUCAGCUGGAAGCCGAACACGAUCUGGAAACAGUUUUGGAGGAAGAGAGGGACGAAAUCCUCAACGUUGUUUCAAAUGAAAAUCAAGCUCUUCCUACGACAGGGAAAACGAAAAGCGGAGCGGAAAAUGAAAACGACGAUCAAGAAGAACACGAGGAAGUAACCCAGCUGAGAUCCCUGUACAGCAAUCUGUUGCAGAAGGAAACGAAUCUUGCCUUGAAAAAAGCAAUGGUGGCUUGCGGGAAGAAGUCGGAAGAAAUUCUUUUACAGAAAAACCAGGAGAUCGACUCUUUGCGGACACAACUAGCUGAAAUGACGGAGAAAGUCGACUUCGCCGAGUUGAAUUGUGCGCACCGACUCGAGUCUGCGGUGGGGAGAGAACAGGAGGUCCAAGCGCAGGAGAUGAUGCCAUUGCAAUUAUCCUCAAAGGAGCGAGAUGAAAUGGAGAUAGACGUAUUGGGUAAUUAUAUCGCGGGGAGGAACAGCAACAGUAUGGACGCCGAAGCCGUGCAAUUAUACGGUGCUAGCGGAGCAGUGCAAGACGUGUCGCAGAAUGACAAGGAUUGGGCACUAAAACAAACGUCGCUCGCCAUUUACGGGGAAGAAGCACGGGAGGAGGACCGCGCUCUGAUGGAAGCGAGAGACGACCCGGAUGCGGCCACCAGCGAUCUGCGGCACAUCUCCCGGAUCCGGGCGAUGCCGCCCUGGAAGGUGAUUUUUCAGAACACGAAGGACCAGUACUUCGGCCUGGAGCAGGGGGCGGCCGGGGUGAAGGGCAGGCACCACUUAAACGUGAUCCAGUUUGGCUGGCAAAAGGACAAGGAGAAUUUUCUCGUUUCUUUCCUCGAGGACAUGCGUUUGAUCUCCACCUUCGCCUCCCAACCGGUCGUGUUCAAGGGCUGGGCCACUGCGCUCGUCUGUACGGGCAUGGUGUUGAGUUCCCUGUUUCUGACGUACCACAUGUUUCACCUGCUGGUCAUCGAGAUUUUGCCCGCACUUUUCGCCAUCGGCCACCUGAUUUACGGGGUGCACAUUGGCACGAGCACAAGCAUAUCAAAUGCAAAUAUGUCUGGGUCUGGAAGAGUCACGCUGCUGCUGCAUGACACAGAAGGGCUGGCAUGGAAGCUCUAGCAUCACAGGUUUCGAGAAGCUUCCGCAAUGCCGAAUUUGCAUCACAAAUGCCCGACUUUGGUGACAGAAAGUGGGCAGCUUUUGCUGCCUAUGCAUGAGAGAUUCUUGUGUGUUAUAGAAUGCGCAGCACAAGUUUGCAUUCUUCCAGACCCAGACAUAUUUGCAUUUGAUAAAGCUCCGCGUUGCUCACCGCUUUGGGGUAUCAUAUGUAAAAAUGUCUGGGUCUGGAAGAUUUCAACUUGUCAUGGUAAAUCUGAAGCAUGCGAAAAUCUGUGUUGCAUGAGUACCAAAAGCUGCACACUUUUGACCAAGUUGGAGAGGAGUUUCUCAUGCAUGAUAGGCAUGGCAGAGACCUCGCAGAGUCUGUCAUGCUAAGUCCCGCAUUCCAGACCUCAUGGGUCAUGAAAAAUCUGCAUGACAAGUCUACACUUUUCCAGACCCAGACAUUUUUACAUUUGAUAUGGGGCAGACCGAACUGGUCCGGCACACCCAGCAAUUUGCGAUGGCUAUCUUUGGGGCCUUAGCUCUAGAGGAUGUGGUGGAGAACGGCAGUACGGUUUGGCGGUACCUGGCCUGGAAACCCUCCAAGCGGUCAGAGAAACUGAAGGAGUUCGUCACCAAGUUAUCAAGAAGAAAAAUAUUUAUAUUACCCCCUCCCCAUAUCAAAACGGAAAUCUGUGAUGCAGAUUUGUGGUCCCAGAUCAGCUUUGUCAUGCUAGAAGGCAAAAAAAGGUGCGGACUGUAGUGCUGGCUGGCGUGGGAACAAAGUGUUACAUCUUCAGCAUGACAGGAGGCAACUGGAAGUGGGAAACAGGAUGACCAAUUGCCUGCAGGAACUCAUGCAGCAGCUGCGUCUCUUGAUGGCCUGCUAGCAAUACAAGUCCAAUCGUGUACUAACUCAAAUGCAGCAUUUUUUCGAUACGGGGAGCAGGGGGCGUUUUUCAUUGUAAUACAAGGGGGGCAAGCGCAAGGACACGGAGCGCGACGUGCAGCUGGGCCGGACGACGACCAACGGCAUCAUUGGGUGGGCCAAGCGGUACUUCAAAAUGCCCGCUUUUAUGGCGCAGGUGUGGGACACGGGCGCGAACCAAGUGAAGCGCAUAUUCCAAUGAAAAAUGCCCCCAACCCCGAACUUGGGAGCAUUUGUAUUGCAAACCUUUCCAAAUGAAACACUCGCCCUCUUGCAUCUAUCAGCAUCACAGAUUUCCAAUAUGAAUAGCAAAAAACUGUAUUGCAAAAGAUCCCAACAAGAGCGGCGCUUGUCAUGCAAGCGAUGCGAUAGACGCCUAGAGUCUGCAUCAGAAAGAUUCAUACUCCUUUCAUGCAUCACAAAAAGGUUUGGUUUUCAUUUGGAAGCUUCGCAUCACCAACUUUUGCAACUUUGGAGGUGGGGGCAUUUUUCGUCGUAAUAGCGCAUGACGAAGUACAUGCGGCACAUCCACAACAAGUACAACCCCGUGAAAAAGCUGUACCGACAGGUGAGCUAUCCCGUGCAAAAGUAUCGUACUCGUAUUGCAAUCAUGCAUUACAAAUCCUUUUGCUAAGGUAAAUCCGCAUUACAAAUUUUAUUUCUCAUGCUGAGGAAAUUUGUAAUGCAUUUAUACGAGUGCGAUACUUUUGCAGUUCAUAUGAGCACCGCCGCGGCCGUGUUUGGCGUGGAAUACGAAGAAGAGGAGCGGGAAAGGCUGAAAAAUAUCGGGACCCGGUUCUGGAUAUCAAAUGCAAAUAUGUCUGGGUCUGGAAACUUGUAGUGCUGAGUUGUGAAUAGUGAAUUCUUUGUAAUGCAAAGCCAAGCAUGAGAAGCAUUGACGCUGCUUAGUGUUGCGCUUUCCGCACGACAAACUGCGUUAUUUGCAUGACAAGCAAGAGAGUCUCUUCUUGGACACGCAUCACAAACUCUUCAGUCAUGCCAGACAAGCAUGACAAAUCUUGCAUCCUUUCAGAUCCAGACAUAUUUGCAAUGCAUACUGGAAGAAGCGGCACCGGUUCGGCGCCUACGUAACGGAAAACGUGAUCGAGGCGGCCGCAACGAAACUGGUGAUGAUUUACUACCUGGUGGCGACUCAGUAUGGAAAGGAAAAAGUUCGUCACAGUCACUAACGUGCAUGUUUUGCAUUACAAAUUUUCUCGGCAUCACAAACUUUCCUUGUAUUGCAGAAACACUAGGGAAAUCCCCAAUGAAGUUUGGCUGUGAUGCAUAUUUACGCAUGACAAACAAUUUUGUGUUGCAAGAAUGCGCAUGAGUGAUCGUGACGAACUUUUUUUCUUCGAUACCCAGGACAUUUACGUCCAGAGUUUGGCGGAGAAGGUGAUCCAGCCGGAACUUUUACGGAGGUAUAAGAAGGAUUCUAAUGCUGUCAUUCGGGAAAAACGGCUGCCCAAGUUGACCCGGGGGGAGAAAACGCUGUUUCUCAUGCGGUAUCUGUCCCGCGGGUCGGAUGCGGAAUACCAGUUCCUGCUCGCCUGUAACCACCUGGUGCACAUGUUUCCCCUGCAAAAGGACGUGUACGAGUACAAGAUGCAGCCCUCCUGGCACAUGUUCGUGCGCUCCGCCUGGAAGAAAUUGAAGUCCGGGUUUAACCAGCUCUACGAGCGGUUUGAAGACUUGCAGAACCAGGUGAUCCGCGCCGUGCCGAUUUUGACUCGGCUGGUGACGGACAUGCUGCAGUCCGUUUUUGACAUCACGGAGCAAGAUAUGAGAGUGCACAAGAACUCCCCCUCCCCCUCAGUUGCAUGGCAUGAGCAGCAACACAAGCCACAGCAGAAGAGGGGCGUUCGCAUGACAAAUCUGCAUGCGGAUUGUAGUACUAUUUGAGGUUCCGAAAUUUGUCAUGCUAGCAGUGCUUGCGAGCAAGGUGCGAGCUUGGUACUUUGCAUUACAAAUGAGGGGGGGUUGUGCACUGUCAUACAAGAAUUCGGGGUGUUCAAGAGGGACACGUUCUUCGCAGUGACAGAUGACUUCGAUCCGGCCACAUCCGGUCGAGAAAAAAAGCGCGACAAGGCGAACGUUUUGGCGCACGAGGUCGACAACGCGCGGAUCGGGAGGUUCUUCGCGAGUUUAGAGCUAAAAGUGAGCUCCGUCGCCAGGAUUUUGCGGCAAGAGGAGCGGUUUCAAAAAUUCUACAACGCAACAUCAGCUACAAGUUCGGACGCAGAGGUGGCGCAACGAGCGACGGACUCUGCAAUGAAGGCGGAGGUGGAAGAGUCCGAGAAGCGAUAUACUAGUAAUUCGCUCCUUGGGCGGUACAGGAAAUGGAAAAACAAAAAGAAGCCUGCUCCGGAGCGCCGACUCAAGCACGGAAUCACACAAAGAGAUGUCCCGGCGAUGAUUUCAGCAGCUGCUUCUUCCUCUUCGUUUGCCGAAAUAAAGGAUGAAAGUGAGGAAAGCACGAUGUUGUUGAACAAGUUGACAGUAGAAGAGGAACAACAGUAUCACAACAAAAUGGCGAAAAACAUCGAAAGGAUACUGGAUAAAGCGACAACAAAAAGAACUUCUACGAGGUCUACUACUUCUUUCGGGGGAAGAACAGAGCAGCAGCAACGGCAGCAGCAGGACGAGGACCCGCAACAUCUCGAACCGCAACCUUUCCGCACAGCAAGACAGUCCUUCUCCUUUGUUGAAAAGCUGGAAAGAAACCGGUUGAAACACACCUGGCGGAAAAAGGUAAAGAGAGUGUUGGAAAAAAAGCAUGCGAGAGAAAGGUUGAAGUUGAACAAUAUUAAACCGAUUUCAUCAGUAGGGUCAUCAUCUUCCUUCGUGGAGCAGCAACUGAGGACGAAAGAAGAAAAACUUGAUACUGGAACUAAGAAAACUUCUACGAUGAAGCGACUGAACAAAAAAUGGUGGCCGUUCCAGAAAAAAACGGUGGACAAACUUGCGGAAGAGAUCUGUCCGCACAACGACUACUGUACGAAGCAGUGCCGCAUCAUCUGGAAAGUAAAACCGCGGCGCGGGGGCGUCAACGAGGAUUCUUUGUCAAAAAAGAACCCGUGCGACACGGUGUUCAACGAGGUAAAGUCCCGGAUCACCAGCAGUGAUUGGCUGGACCCACAACAGGGACAGUACCGACUUCUCCCCCCGGAAGAAGAAGAGAAAGCAAAACACGGGCUCAAGACCAGCAACAAACGCUUGCAGGAAAGCACCGCGGAAAGGAAAUUGCUGCACGUUCUGCACUAUCAAAUGCAAAGAAAGUAUCGCACUCGUUGUAUAUACUAGAACGGGAAGAUAACGUCGGCCAGUGACUCGGCAUGACAGAGAUCAUCCAUUUUGUAUCCCUUAAUCUAUAUGAUUGAAGAUGACUUCCAGGUUUAUUGUUGUUGAACAAAGUGUUCAACCAAUACCAAGUCUCACUAGUACGGUGGCGGUACUUGUUUUCAACGGCAUAUGCACCACAGGCGGGAUGGUGAGUACACGCACGCGCAAUCGCAGGAGGAAAUGGAUUAUCAAAUGCAAAUAUGUCUGGGUCUGGAACUGGAUGAAACUUGUAAUGCUAAAAAUGAAUGAUAGACGCACUGCAAUACAAAGCUAUGCAUGACAAAUUUUUUGGCUGCCAUCUCUUACGUAUUCCGCAUGGCAAACUGCGUCUUUGUAUGACAGGUAGCAGGGCUUUUUCGUGCCUAUGCAACACAGAUUCUCGAGUCAUGCCAGACUAGCAUGACAAAUCUGGCAUUCUUCUAGUAUGACAAACCCAGACAUUUUUGUAUUUGAUAUGGAUGUGCGGAAACAGACGGACAUCCACAUGGUAUUGCGGUUCGAGGAAGAGGCCGCCGGUGUUGUAGAGGGGAGGAAGGAAUAUCCUGUGCAAAAGUAUCGUACUCGUAUUGCAAUCAUGCAUUACAAAUCUUUUCCCUAAGGUAAUCAGCAUUACAAAUUUUAUUUCUCAUGCUGAGGAACUUUGUUAUGCAUAAUUUAUACGAGUACGAUACUUUUGCACAGGAUAAGGAAGAAAAAGAUACAAUAAAGGCUGAGCAAGAAGAUCAACAUGAUCCUACACGAGAACCGCGGUGUAUCGUGUCCGGGUGCGCGACGAACGAAGGGUCGGAUAUGGAGCAAGUGGAGGGCUUCACCGAUUGGGUUUCGCAGAACCCGUUUUCCUAUCAAUUGCAAAAAUGUCUGGGGCGUCUGGAAACUUGUAAUGCUGUGUUGGGAAUAGCGAAUGCUCUGUAAUGCACAGCCAAGCAUGAGAAACGUCUGCGCUUCUUUGUGUUCUGUUUUUCGCAUAAGAAACUGCGUUUUUGCAUGACGGGCAAAAGGGUCUCUUCUUGGACACGCAUCACAAACUUUUUCGCCAUGCCAGACAAGCAUGACAAAUCUCGCAAUCUUCCAGACCCAGACAUUUUUGCAUUUGAUAUUUCCAACCUGGGCAAAAAACUCUUCGACACCGCCUACACCAAGAAGGAGUCGAAGAUGUACUGCAGCAUGUACGACCUGAUCUGCGGGCACGAGGACGGAUGUCUGUUCGAGACUGACGACUUGAUUGUGGACCACGCAAAGACCGAGGUUGCCGGGGUGUGUGCCGGGUCGUGGUUGGUCGACAAGAAACCGCCGGUCUGCGGGACCAUGGUCACGGUGGCGGACAAGAAACCGAACGUGGGGAAGGUGACGCACUACUGGCGCGGGUCGGAAAAGGAGUCCCUGAACGUGAUCAAGGCUUUCUACGGGUACAGCUCCAAACUGCAGCGGUUGCGGGACUUUGUCGACCUCCCCAUGGAGUACUUUCAGUACAUUGGGGUCGAUUCCGUGACCCAAACCGAAGUCGCGGGCCUCGCGCGGCGGGCGAGGAGCGAGCGACGGCACGAAAGCGACCAACAGGCCAACGAAGAUGUGGGUAACGUCGUAGUAAACCAAGAAACCGUGCGGGGCGAGAAGAUGUCGCCCCUCGUCGCCGGUACCACGCCGGCAACUACAUCUUCUUCAAAGGAAUUAACCAGAGUAGACCACCACGACGACGAUGACUGCGUUCCGGGUCGCGACGCAGACUGCCCCGACAAGGACGAGGAAGUGGAAGAACCUUCGUUGCUGUCCACCGCGUUUCAGCCCCGAGGAACAGAAUCUGCCGACGGCGGCAUGAUGAGGGUGAAUAAAAACGAGAUGUACCUGCCCCGGCUGGUCUGCGAGCAAGAGUUUGCCUCGCCGCUGCUGAGUGAUGAGGUGGAACCCGGGGUGGAGGCCCCGGUGGACUACGGGGACUGGCUGGAAAUGUACCUGCUGCGUUUGCCGUAUGGAGUUCUCAAACAUUACAUUCUCAACGGUCACAUGAAUUUGUGAUGCAAAAACAGCAAGAGUGAAAGGGGGAAGAUUGCGCCUCUUGCAGUACGGGUUUGGCACAGAUCUAGAUGCUGUUUGGCCCUUCGGAAAUUUGUCAUGUGAAGUAGCAGCUUCAUGGUGUAGAUGCUGAUGAGAGUUUUGCAUGACAAAUUAUGCAGCAGUUCUUGAGAUGAAUGUAACGUUUGAGAGCGCCAUAUGGCGAAUCCCGAACACAUCGCGGACUCGAUGCUGGAAGGCGCGAAAACUUAUCAAGUGCGCGAGGAGGUGCGGAAAAAAAUCUCUAAGUGGAAGCGAAGCAAAAGCAAUAGAGAGAGGGCGGCGAGCGGAGGGGCCGUUGCUGUAGGCGAACUGAAUUCAGACGAGGACUUUGAAGAACCGCUCAAUGUCCCGGAAGAAGUAUUUCACAAAAAAAUGUAGCAUAUUUUCACCUUUGUAUUACUUAACUGAAUACACUCACAGUCACAAAAUCGAGAAGGGAGGCCGGGCCCAUACUAGCAUGAUUGUCUCAGGGCUAUGCAAGACAGAGUUUUGUGUGUGUUUUUAUUCACUUUUGCAUUGAUUGAUACAAACGUGAAGAUGAGCUAGCUUUUUUCUCUGGGAUACGAAGGGUCCGCAGAACUGGGUUGGUACCUCUAUCGUGUGGCCAAGCGGUGUGCGAAACACUGGAACGCUUACCUGGAGUCCCGGCAGAAGUUGGUGCUCUACAGCAAAAAAGGAUUUGAAAUCUCGCAACUGAUGCGGGAGUACGACCGUUUGUUAGCGCAAGAAAAACGUUACUCCCUGAAAAUUCACCAUCCCCAUCCAUUUCUUGCAUGACAAAAACAGAACUUUAUACAUGUUUUGCAUGAAAAAUAGGAUGGGGGUGGUUAAUUUUUAGGGAAUGAACGUCCGUGGUCGUGGCUGAAUAACGGUUUGGGAAACAACAAUUCUACCACAUCUUCUUCUGCCGCUGCUCCGGAGGGGGAAAAGCAUCUUUUGGAGAAGAAAAUCCAGCUCAUGGAGGCGGAGGUGAACGAGUUUGAGAAGAGAAGGCGGCGGGCCGAGGAUGCGAAAUUGGCCAAGUGGAUGAUGUAUCACAUGCAAAAAUGUCUGGGUCUGGAACACAGCAACUUGUCAUGCUAAAUCUGAAUCAUGUAAAAAUCUGUGUUGCGUGAUUACCAAAAGCUGUCCACUUUUGACCUAGUCGAGAGGCAGUUUCUCAUGCAGGAUAGGCAUGGUAGAACUCUCACAGAAUCUGUCAUGCUAUGUCCUAGAUACCAGACCUCAUGGGUAACGGAACACCUGCAUGACAAGUCUGGCACUCUUCCAGACCCAGACGCUUUUGCAGUUGAUAUGAUGGACGUGUUUUUGCACGACGAGACCCGGCAGAAGAAACUGAACGACGCGUCCGGACGAGGUGCGCACGUGUAUCAAAAUGAAAAAUCCCCCCUCCCCAUAUUGAAGCGGAAGUUUGUGUUGCUGGAUUUGUGUACACAAAUCAGAUUUGUCUUGCUGAAGAGGACUGCAGGCCCACAUCAAGCCUGAGUAGAGAGGUUGUGGCCUAGGCGCUUAGCAUGAGAAACGUCUGCGCUGUAGGCCAAACAGCAUCACAAACCGCCUGCAUAAUGCGGCGGAGCCUGUGGAGUUGCCUUUUUGCAAGAUAGAGAGCAUUUGUGGUCGCAAAUCAGCAUUGCAAAUCUUCUGCGACGUACCUUUUCGAUAUGGGGAGGGGGGAUUUUACCCCGGGAUAACGUGCGGCAGUUUGAGGCGGAGAAGGAGCACAUGAAGGAGUUAGAAAAAGAACAGUACUACAUGUCCGAGCACGCAGAAGAGACGAACAGCGAGCGGCUCAUAUCCUGUGUAAAAACGUCCCCACCCCAACAUAGUCAAGAUGGGGAUUUUGCAACACAAACCUAGGAGUUUUGGGAGUCACGCAUGACAAGUUGCAGGCUGUACUGUCGUGCAGCUUAGCAAGGGAAGCCGCAUAACAAAUCCGUCUCCUUAUCCUGUUUACAGCAUUACAAGUUCUAAAACGCAAUGGGAAAUGCCUCUCAUGGGUAUGCGCAUCACAAAUGUCCUCGGCAUUGCAAAUCUGCAUGACAACUCUGGGGCGGGGACGUUUUUCCUCAGGAUAGCUCAAACGGUGGGCGGAAGAGAGGAUAAAUUACGAACAAGCGACUUUUGUCUCCGCCCAGCAGGCCAUCCACUUUCUGGCCAUGGAAUAUCCUGUGCAAAAGUAUCGCACUCGUAGUAAUUGCAGUCAUGCAUUACAAAUUUUUUUCUUACGGUAAAUCCGCAUGACAAAUUUUAUUUCUCAUGCUGGGGAAAUUUGUAAUGCAUUUAUACGAGAAGUGCGAUACUUUUGCAGUUCAUAUGGAAAUCGAAGACGCAACGACACAGCUGCACUCGCAGGGGGGAUUCGACCAGGAGGGCGGAGAUAACCGCCACAACAACCUGUAAUGAAUAACCGGGGUACUAUUGUAGUGGGAGAAGGAGAACUAGCACAAGCACAUACCUACUUUUAGGAAUUAUUGAAAGACAAAUUUUCAUCAGCAGAAACAAAAGAAAAACGAUGUCACAGAGCUUCUGCCUUGUUUGUAAGAUGAUAGCAGUUUAGUACCGAAACUCCUCGUUGAGAACCAGAUUCCUUGAAUGAUUGAACUGUGUAUUAGCGACGUCUUGAACAAACAGAAAAUAGACAAAAUCUGCUUUGAAUUUUGACACUUGAAACUACCUGCAGCACGACUUAUUUUUGUAGUUCCCAGAUGAAUAACAGCGAAGUUGAAUAAAUUGUUGAAAAGAAAUUGAAAAUGAACAGUGGAUCAACAGUUGCCACCAGCAAAUCAAAACUUUGAUAGUCUUUAGCGAAGAACUAUGCACCUCAUGUACCCGAAUCCGAAAAUAAAUCUGACGUUUCAACUUUUGUACAAAAAACAAGUAUACC